UAGCAGGGUAGACUUUUGGAAUAGUAUUGCAAAUACAAUCAACCAACGAUUUGGGACUACCUAUACAGGACAACAAUGUAAUAAUAGAUUUCAGAAUCUUGUUAGAGAUUACAACUCGAUGUGCCGGUACAUAGCUGGUAGUAAAACCGGAAAGAGGAGCAGAGCAGGUGAACGAUAUUUUGAAGAAUUUAAUUCUCAUUUUUGGGAGAGACCUGAAACUUCAUUCGACAUAUUGCAUAAUACAAAUACAUCCACCAGAAGACGUCGUCGUAACCGUACCCCAUCACCAACUUACGAAGUAGCUACUAGUGAAAGGAAUGAGAAUAUCACCACCGGUAAUAAUCAAGAUAAUGGAAACAAUGUAAAUAAUGUAAAUGAUGUGAGUGGGGAUUCAGGCCGUAACGCGAAUGAUGUAGGUGGAAAUUCAAGCAAUAACACAAAUGAUGUGAGUGGAGAUUUAGGUGGAAAUUUAGAUAAUGCUACAUCUCCAUCUGAGUUGGCAAAUAUUACCUCAUCCCUUAAUGUAUCUGUAUCACGAAAUGACAGUGAUAUUAGUAUGUUCGAUGUUGAAGGUAGUCACCCUCUUAUAUGGAAUCUAUAA